CUCCCCGCGGCCGGGCGGGCUCCGGAGGCGGCUGAGCGCACGCAGCCUCUGCUCUAAGAUGAAUAACAUCAUGGAUAAAUAUGAACUCAUUAAACAAAUUGGAGAAGGAUCUUUUGGCAAAAUAUUCUUGGCAAAAGGAAAAAUGGAUAAUGAGCCGUGUGUUAUCAAAGAGAUCAAUUUAACUAAGAUGCCCAUGAAAGAAAAAGAAGCGUCUGAGAAAGAAGUUGUUCUGCUGGCCAAGAUGAAGCAUGCAAAUAUUGUAACCUUCUAUGCUUCUUUGCAAGAAGAGAACAAGCUAUAUAUUGUGAUGGAAUACUGUGAUGGUGGAGAUUUAAUGAAGAGAAUAAAUAUGCAGCAUGGAGUACUGUUUGAUGAGGACCAGAUUCUCAGUUGGUUUGUGCAGAUCUCCUUGGGCUUGAAGCAUAUUCAUGACAAGAAGAUUUUACACAGAGAUGUAAAAGCACAGAAUGUUUUUCUUAGCAACAAUGGAAAGGUAGCAAAGCUUGGGGACUUUGGCAUAGCGAGGCAGUUGAACAGUACUACAGAGUUUGCCCAUACCUGUGUAGGGACCCCCUAUUACCUUUCACCUGAGAUAUGUGAAAAUCGACCAUACAACAACAAAACAGAUAUUUGGUCUCUUGGCUGUGUGCUUUAUGAGCUGUGUGCACUAAAGCAUCCUUUUCAAGGCAAUAGUUUGCAUGAACUGGUGCUGAAGAUUUGCAGAGGACGUUUUCAACCAGUGUCUCCUAACUAUUCCUAUGACCUGAGGAUAUUGAUUUCCCAGUUGUUUAAAAUAUCUCCGCGGGAUCGACCAUCCAUCAAUUCUAUUCUAAGGAAGCCCUUCUUGCACAAACUCGUUCUCAGGCAUCUGCCCCCUGAGGUAGCACGGGAAGAACUCAGUCCCACUGUGGUACAUAGAAAAAGGCCUUCAGCAUCUCACUCUAAAUCCAAGCAGAUAAAAGCAUAUAAACUUCAGAAAACAAGAGUCCAGGACCCAGUUUCUCUGGAAUCUGGAAUAGUGAUGCCUUUCAAGAAACAAGAAUUAUUUCAAAGAAAUGAAUGGAAGCCUCCUUCAAGAGUACAACAGCCUAUUAUUCAGCCACAGACCUCCAGAUUUACUAUGGCAGAAAGGCCAGGAAGCAUUAGAGUACAUGGUCAUUAUGGUCAUUACUGUGAGAAGCUUGACAACUUGCAAAGGAAAGCUAAUGCACAUUACGACCUUUCUCAUAUCAACCAAAGAGUUGAAGAUUACUAUAAACUAAAAGAACGAGUUGCACCUCCACCUCCACCACCUGAAUGGGCUGCAGAAUUUCUUCAAAGGCGGUUUGAAGCCCAGCAGUACAAGAUUAAAGUGGAAAAACAGAUGGGACUGCGACCAUCCUCUGCUGACCCAUAUCAUGACCAAGUACAGCAGCAGAAAACAAAGGAAGAGCAUCUCAAAAACCAUCAGCAAAACAUGUCUAGAAAGAAUGAAAUGAAAGAACAGGAGUAUUUGAAACAAUUGCAGAAAAUUCGGGAAGAAUACCACAGUGAUAUGAAAGAAUUCAGAGUUAGAGCAGGAGUACUCCAGGAGCACCAGAAAAUACAAGAUAAAACCUAUCUUGUGAGGCAAGGGAAAGCUGAGAACCAGUCUGAAAACAAAGAUAUAUCUGGAACAGGAGAAGAGUCACUUCAGGAUAUGGAGGAAAACUUUAAACAAGUCAGACUCCAAGAUAGGCAAGACCAAACUAUAUUAGAAAAGAGACGUAACACAAAAGGAGGAGUAAAAUUUGAAAUUAAUUUAGAUGUAUGUUUUCCUGAGGAAGACAGCAUUCAAGAAGCAGAGGUAUUAGAUAAACUCAAUGAGACUUUAACUUUUGUGGAUGGUGAGAAUCUUAAGGAGAAAUUGGUGGAAGUUUAUGAAAAUGAUACAGACAGAGCUUUGGAAAAACUGCCUGACUACCCAACAGAGUCCAUGCAUGAUAUGAAAAAACCCAGAAAGCAUUGGCAGCCUGGAGCCCCUCAGACUCUACUGAAUUUUUUAGCUGGUGUUGAUGCCACAUGUGCAUGUCCUACUAUGGCUGGAAAUGAACUUGCUCACCAUGUUAUUCUGCCUGAAGACAUCCCAGAAAACAGGAAGCAGUGGAAACAGACACCACCAGAAACACUCCUGAGUAUCUUAGCAAAAGCAGAGCUGUCUGAUGAGUCCUUUAUCUGUUUUGAGGAAGACAAAGAAGGGAGAUUAAGUCUGUUGCCUCCAGAAGAAAACAAGGAAGAUGAUUCAGAAACAUACUCUGCUGUUGAUGUUGAUGAAGGUAGACUUGAGCCAAGAUCAGAUGGUGAAGACACAAAUUUUGAAGAUUCUGAAGAUGAACUCAGACACGAGCUGGAGAAAUCUCUGGAAAAAUUGUCAACUUCUCCAGCAGAAGAGUCUCAGAUCUUUUCCAUAAAUAAAGGUCAAACAGAUGAAGAAAAUAUGAGUUUACCUCACAAACUUGGAGAAUCUGAUGAUGAUUUAGAAAAUAAUCAUGGGUAAUUUGGUGAUGAUGCACGUGAA